AUGCAACAUACAAAUGCAAACAAUCAUAUGCACACACAAUUCGAUCAUCCCCGAACAGGCGAGAUUUCGUUUUUAUCACGAGGUAGGGUUUUCCUGCAGAAAAGUUCAUUGGUCAGGGUAGGUUCUAACUAUUCCCACCAGGCUAAGGCUCCCAAGGGUCUCCACUCUCCAGCCCUCCAACCAUGCUCAGCACUAAGGCCAGAGUCGGUCUUGUUGCCAAAAGAGGAAGGUUAUCACCUUGAGUGGUGGUUUCUGAUCACACUGGUGGGGCGCCAGUGGAGUCGCCAUCUGUCGCCGCCUCCCAAAAAACGAAGGGGCGGUCGGAGCGACGCGAUG